ACACUGAGAGGGAGCUGUGUGACUUUAAUCAGCCUCGGUUCACUGCUCGGGUCAGGACCUCCUCUGUCUGUCUGAUAGCAGGAGUCACACUGAGGAUUUACACAGGGUUCAGGUCAGACUUGGACUGGGUGUGUGGAGGUGGACCAGAGAGUGGACAAACACCAGCAGCACCAGUUUCCCACGGACUCCAAGAGGGCGGGGGUUGGAUAUGUUGUUUUUUUGAAGGGGUACCACACAUACACACACAUACACAAAUACACACACCCCUCCUGAGCAGCAUCCUGAGCAGCAGGUCUUGUAGUCAUUUCCACUUUACUCAUCAGACACAGUUGAGCAGCAACAGUGUGAAGGCGACCGGAGCCUAACAUGCCGAGCAAGAGCCAGUAUCUGCGCCCCCGGCUGUGCACGCUGGAGAAGGGGGACAACGGCUACGGCUUCCACCUCCACGGGGAGAAAGGUAAGACGGGGCAGUUCAUCCGGUUAGUGGAGCCCGACAGCCCGGCUGAGACCUCGGGACUCCGCGCCGGAGACCGGCUGGUGUUCGUGAACGGGGAGGAGGUGGAGAACGAGAGCCACCAGCAGGUCGUGUCCCGGAUACGAGCCACCGUGGGCCGGCUGGAGCUCGUCGUGGUGGACCCGGACACGGAGCAGCUGCUGAAGAAACACAACAUGAAGUGUCUGAAGGAGUAUGUCAGCGACGGCAUCCCGUUACCUUUCGACGAUGAGGAGGAGGUGGAGGCGGAGGAGGAGGAAAGAGAGGAGGUGGUGGUGGUGAAGGAGCAGGAGCAGGACGGGGACGGGACUGUGAACGGGGAUGAGAGGCACGCCAAGCGGGGUGAGGAGGUGGAGGAGCAGGGGGAGGAGGAGCGGGAGGAGACACCCAGGGAGUCCACGCCGGUGCCGGAGAGUAACGGAGAGAUCCACGUGCACGUGGAGAAGAAGCUGAGCAUCAACUCUGAGAAGGAGGUGUUGUGCGCUGAGCUGCGGCCACGUCUCUGCGUGAUCCAGCGAGGGUCAAACGGAUAUGGCUUCAACCUACACAGUGAGCGGGCGCGGCCGGGGCAGUAUAUCAGAGCUGUGGAUGAGGACUCUCCAGCAGAGAGGGCAGGCCUGCUGGCCAAGGACAGGAUAGUGCAGGUGAACGGUCAGCCAAUAGAAGGGAAGACACAUUCAGAAGUCGUGGCCGCCAUUAAAGCAGGAGGGAGAGAGGUACAUCUGCUGGUGGUGGACCCCGACACAGACGCCUUCUUCAAGAAAUGCAGAGUGGCCCCCACCUCGGACCACCUCACCGGUCCACUGCCUGAGCCUGCCAUUAAUGGAGGAAUGGAGGAGAAGGUGAACGGCAGAAAAGCCAAAGAGGCAGAGAGGGACUCAAAGCUGUCAAUCAGUCCGUCUCCAUCCAAUGCCUCGUCCAACACCUCGCUCACGACCCCGCCUGCAAACACCCCACCUGAGGGUUUUAUCGCAGACGCCAUCCCAGCACUCAACCUGUCCCUGCAGCAGGUCAAAGAGCUCGCCCACCAGAAACGCUCCAACAAGAGAGCCCCGCCCAUGGACUGGACCAAGAAAAAUGAACUCUUCAGCAACCUAUAGGGCACCUCACUGCACCUCUCACACACACACACACACACACACACACACACACAGAUUUAUAGUGAUUCUUACAAAGAGACGUCAGAAAGAUAUUUUUUACUGUCAUGAAAUUAAAACCUUAACUACUGGCACCAGACAAAUCAAGCCAACCUGUAAAAUAUAGUCCUCCUAUUAUUAUUACUCUUCAUUUUAUUAUAACCCAGACGUUAUAUAUAAAUAAAUGUAUAAUGUGCUACUAACAAUGAGAGAUGCAUAUGCCAAUGACAGAGAACUGGACCGUGUUGAAAGUAUGUGUGUAUGUGUAUCUAUCCUUUGUGUGUGUGUGUGGACCCUGACAGUCCCUGCUGGCCAGAGUCUGGUGCCUGUGGAAACGAGGAGGAGUUGACCUAAUGACCCUCCUCCUCCUCCUCUUCCUCCUCCGUCUGCUCAUCUGUCCUUUAAAAGUUUAUACUAACAUUUAAUACAUCAGUGUCUUCAACAGCAGGAGUGAAACUAGCCCGACAAUCAGUUCAUCACAUACGUUCAGUUUCUUUUUAUGAGUUUGUAGGGAUCAAACAU